AUGUUGCAAUCAGUCGCUAUUAUUCUGCUAUACGCCGCUACUGCGCGUGCCCAAGUCAAGAUUCCGGAUGAAAAUCCCAUUGUACGAAUCGACCUCAACGCCACCGCGGAUCUGGAGCCCGACUCAUCUGCAACUAUCAACGUUGAUGAUGCUGUGGACGGAACUCUGGAGGCAACUGCUUGGUCUUUGAUCUUCACUGCCGCCCCGGUUUCCCAGACUGCCAUUCUCGGGAUCCUUUCGCAAUCAUCACCAGCCAAUCAGUACUUGCACACGCGAGAGUUUCCAACCCCUGAGACGAACUCUAUCGUGGCAGUCAAUGUCGAUGUUCUUUACUCGUUUGGGGUGCUCGAUCUAUCUGAAGCAGACGUCCUUCUGGGUGUACCCGAAUUUGAUGACCGUUACUGGAGCUAUCUCAUCUGGGACUUCUAUGGAAACGCAAUCGCAGAAAUAAGCAAUGUAAAUGGAAACACCGCCGGAACUUAUCGUCUCAAGCGCGACGCCGUAAGUGAAGUAGGCCUUGCGAAUGGUAACCUUAUCAGUAUUUCGACCGCAUACGCCUCUGUCGCUAUCCGCAUUGGCAUCAAUUCCAACACGACGGAAGAAUUAGACCGGCUCCAUUCACUUCAAGACGCCUCCACGGUCGGGACGACUGAUCUCUCGGCGGAGACCACUGUGCCGUCUUUUGCAAGACUUAUCACACCUAACAUCACCAAUUCCCAGAGUGUGCUUCAGUUUACCGCCAGCUUGUUGCCUUACAACCCUCCCCAGACUUUCUCAGACCGAGAACGUGUGAACACCAUUCUCGCACAAGCAGGCAUUGGAAACGGAACUUAUACUGCCAACCCAGACGUCGAUAUUUUAAACGCUGCGUCCAUCGCACGCUACUCCAUCGAAGCGGACUUGGCCGACCCAGCGCACAUCGUACAGCUGGGUAAUAACUAG